GGUGCGCGUCCCGGCGGCGGCGCGGGGAGAGCGGCCAUGGCCGGGGCCGGGCCUGCCGGCGCGCCCGCACCCCGCUGGAAAGGCCACAUCAUACGGCAGCUGCGGCAGCGGGACCGCGCGCAGAAGGCGCUCUUCCUGGACCUGGUGCCCGCCUAUGCACGGCUCCUCGAGAAGGCUGAGCUGCUGGCCAAGUUCUCCGCAAAGCCGCAGUCUGAGCUGAGCGAUGCCACUGCUGCUACCUCCCCCCAGAGUCCCUGGGAGGAGGAGGAGUUCAGGCACAGCUCAGACCCACUGCCAAGGCUCACCGCCCUGAGGGAGAAAUGGCAUCAGGAGGAGGAGGGACUCCGACUGGUCUGCGGUGAGAUGGCCUACCAGGUGGUGGAGAAGAGCGCAGCCCUGGACACUCUGGAGGCGGAGUUGGAGGAGCGGCAAGACAGGCUGGCCACCCUGGAGGCCCGCGUGGCGCAUCUGCUGGAGGCGCGGGUGCGGAAGGCCGAGCAGGUGGAAGAGCGUCGCGCGCAGAAUGCGGCGCAGCGGGCGGCCUACGAGGAGCUGCGUGUCCAUGUCGGGCUCCAGGAGGUGGCACUGCGCCGGCUGCAGGAGGAGGAGCGUGACCUGCUGGAGCGGCUCAUGCAGCGCAAGGCGCGCGCCGCCGCGGAGCGCAACCUGCGCAACGAGCGUCGAGAGCGGGCCAACCAGGCGCUGGUGUCGCAAGAGCUGAAAAAGGCGGCCAAACGGACCGUGAGCAUCAGCGAAAGCCCAGACCCGCUGGGAGAUGGCAUCAGGGAGGGACCCAAGACUCUGGCCCUGGCCUCCAAACCACCGUUGCUGGAGACUGAGGCCUGUGAGAGGUCGAAGAGGCCUUUUAGGUCUGCCUCAGCCACCUCUUUGACACUGGCCCGCUGUGUGGAUGUGAUGAAGGGGCUUCUGGAUUUCAAGAAGAGGAGGGGCCACUCAGUUGGGAGUAUGCCUGAACCACGCUACCGAAGCAUCCCUGUGUGUGUGGCCACCCACCUGCCCACCAGGGCCCAGGAUGUGCUGGACGCCCACCUCUCUGAGGUCAAUGCCGUGUGUUUUGGCCCCAACAGCAGCCUGCUGGCCACUGGAGGGGCUGACCACCUUAUCCACCUGUGGAACAUUGUGGGAGGUCGUCUGGAGGCCAACCAGACCCUGGAGGGAGCUGGUGGCAGUAUCACCAGUGUGGACUUUGACCCCUCGGGUUGUGAGGUUUUAGCAGCAACCUACAACCAGGCUGCCCAGCUCUGGAAGGUUGGGGAGGCACAAUCCAAGGAGACACUGUCUGGACAUAAGGACAAGGUCACAGCUGCCAAAUUCAAGCUAACAAGACACCAGGCAGUGACUGGGAGCCGGGACCGGACAGUCAAGGAGUGGGACCUCGGUCGUGCCUACUGUUCCAGGACCAUCAAUGUCCUUUCCUAUUGUAAUGACGUGGUAUGUGGAGACCAUAUUAUCAUCAGUGGCCACAAUGACCAGAAGAUCCGCUUCUGGGACAGCAGGGGGCCCCGCUGCAUCCAGGUCAUCCCUGUGCAGGACCGAGUCACCUCUCUGAGCCUCAGCCCUGAUCAGCUGCAUCUGCUCAGCUGUUCCCGUGACGACACACUCAAGGUCAUUGACUUGCGUGUCAGCAAUAUCCGCCAGGUGUUCAGGGCCGAUGGCUUCAAGUGUGGCUCAGACUGGACCAAAGCUGUCUUCAGCCCAGACAGAAGCUAUGUGCUGGCGGGCUCCUGGGACGGAGCCCUGUACAUCUGGGAUGUGGACACUGGGAAGCUGGCGAGUUGCCUUCAAGGACCCCACAGCGCUGCUGUGAAUGCUGUGGCCUGGUGCUACGCAGGGAGCCAUGUGGUGAGCGUGGACCAGGGCAGGAAGGUGGUGCUCUGGCACUAGGGCCACAUCUCACCCUGCCUGGGCAGGAGCUCUGGUGAGAAGUGCAAGGCUGAGAAUACUUCCCUGUGCUUGAACCAGGACCAGCGGGGGUGCAGGAGACCUCUGAGUUUAAUGGGGGAGAAGGCCUGGCGGGACCUGGCCUAUUGGUUUAAAAUCGGGUGGGUUGGCAGGAUUACAGUUUUGUUUUUUAAAA